AUGGCAAGUCCAAGAACAAGGAAGGUUCUCAAGGAAGUCAGAGCACAAGAUGAGAACAAUGUCUGUUUUGAAUGUGGUGCAUUUAACCCCCAGUGGGUGAGUGUGACCUAUGGAAUUUGGAUCUGUCUGGAGUGCUCAGGAAAACACCGAGGCUUGGGAGUUCACCUCAGUUUUGUACGCUCUGUAACUAUGGACAAAUGGAAGGAUAUUGAGCUGGAGAAAAUGAAAGCUGGAGGUAACAGCAAAUUUCGAGAGUUCUUGGAGUCUCAAGAUGACUAUGAUCCCUGCUGGUCGAUGCAAGAGAAGUACAACAGCAAAGCUGCGGCUCUUUUUAGAGAUCGGGUAGCUACAGUAGCUGAAGGCAAGGAGUGGUCCAUUGAAACUUCUCCUGCGAGGAACUGGACCCCACCUCAGCCUAAAACGUCUCUCUCUUCCACUCAUCGUUCUGCUGGACAACCUCAGACUGCGACUGCCUCUUCUGACAAGGCUUUUGAAGACUGGUUAAAUGAUGAUGUCAGCUCCUACCAAGGCGGCCAAGAGAAUCGCUAUGUGGGGUUUGGAAACACGGUAAACCCUCCAAAAAAAGAAGACGACUUCCUGAAUAAUGCUAUGUCUUCGUUGUAUUCGGGAUGGAGCAGUUUUACAACUGGAGCAAGCAAAAUUGCCUCAGCUGCUAAAGAGGGUGCUACCAGAUUUGGAUCUCAAGCAAGUCAAAAGUUUUGGGGCUACAAGCAGCAGCCAGAGCCGGCAUCAGAGUUAGGUCAGACAUUAAAUGAAAAUGUUCUCAAACCUGCACAGGAAAAGGUGAAAGAGGGGAAAAUAUUUGAGGAGGUCACCGUGGGGGUGUCACAGUUGGCCAGCAAGGGAGUUGGAAGUAAGGGAUGGCGAGACGUCACCACUUUCUUUUCUGGCAAACCAGAUGAUAAUUCUGAAAGACCAUCUGAGGGAGACAGCUACCAGAACAGUGGAGGGGAGGGCUACCAGAACAAUGCUGUAGAUCAAAGCUUCUGGGAGACCUUUGGCAACUCGGAUCCACCAAAAGCUCAUAAAUCUCCGAGCAGUGAGAGCUGGACCUAUGUGGACAAUUCUGCAGAGAAGAAGAGCUCUGAUAGCUGGGACGUGUGGGGCUCAGGGACGGUCUCCAACAACAAGAACAGUAACAGCGACAGUUGGGAGAAUUGGGAGACCAACUGGGAAAACACAGGAGGGGAGAGCAAGACCAAAAAACCUCCUAAGGCAACAAAAAAGGCGUCUUCAGCUGAUGAUGGGUGGGAUAACCAGAACUGGUAGAACUCCGUUAACCCUGUUUUGCACAGCUAGGAAAGGGAGGCUAUGCUGGCUGAUGGAGGGGAGAAAGUUUUACACACAACUGGAGUAUCUUGGUUGACCUUACUGAUCUGUUACUUUUGUGCUUCCCAUUCAUUCUCCUUUCUUCUGUCCCGCUUUAGGAAAAAAAAGUAGCAUCUGAAUCUUUUAUUACAUACAGGUGGCUCUGUGCUUUUUUAAGGAUAGUGAUAAGUAUAUUCUCCUUGCACUGCU